AUUCUACUUCCGCCUACCUUGUCGGUCCAUUCAGCAAAGAUGGCGAGUGGAGGGGUGGCCGUGGCUUCGCUAUGGACCGAAGUGAACCGCUGCGGACAGAGUGGUGACUACACCCGAGCUCUGAAGGCGCUUUCUAAGAUUCUGCAUGAGAACAGGGACGAUGUGACGGCCCUUCACUGUAAGAUUGUUUGUCUUGUUCAGAAUGGGAGCUUCAAGGAGGCGCUGAACGUCAUGAACACUCACACCAAAGUGCUUGGGAGUGACGUUGUAUUUGAGAAGGCGUACUGUGAGUAUCGGCUGAACAGAGUGGAAAGUGCGCUGAAGACCAUUGAAAGUGCUCCUGACCAGACAGACAAGCUGAAGGAACUUUAUGGUCAAGUGCUGUACAGACUGGAGCGCUACGACGAGUGCAAGACCGUCUACACAGACCUGAUCAGGAACUCUCAGGAUGAGUACGAGGAGGAGAGGAAGACCAACCUGGCUGCCGUAGUGGCUGCGAUGAGUCAGUGGGAGAAGGUGCCGAUGGAGGAUCUGGGUCUUUCCGAGUCGACGUAUGAGCUCUGUUACAACACUGCCUGCGCUCUGAUUGGUCAAGGGCAGCUGGCGGAGGCCUUCAACACACUACGGCAAGCAGAAGAACUUUGUAGAGUCUCAUUGGCAGAGGAUUCGGACGUGACUGAAGAAGACAUCGAGUCAGAGCUGGCGGUCAUCCAUUCUCAGAUGGCGUACAUCAUGCAGCUGCAGGGCCGAACAGACGAGGCUUUGCAGCUCUACAACCAGGUCAUCAAGCUCAAGCCCUCUGAUGUCGGGCUUCUGGCUGUGACCGCCAACAACAUCAUCACAAUCAAUAAGGACCAAAACGUGUUCGACUCAAAGAAAAAAGUGAAGCUGACAAACGCAGAAGGUGUAGAAUACAAACUGGCAAAGAAGCAGCUGCAGGCCAUCGAGUUCAACAAAGCGCUGCUGGCCAUGUACACUAAUCAGGCUGACCAGUGCAGGAAACUGUCGUCCAGUCUUCAGUCUCAGAACCCGGGUCACCCUCGACCCGUCCUCAUCCAGGCGGCUCAGCUGUGCAGGGAGAAGCAGCACAGCAAGGCGGUGGAGCUCCUGCAGCAAUUCUCUGAGCAAAACCCAGAAAGCGCAUCUGGCAUUAAACUAACAAUGGCACAACUGUAUUUAGUACAAGGUCACGUUACAAAAGCCUGUGACGUCCUCAGAUCCAUUGAAGAGUUCAAGCACAAAGCAGGAAUGGUUUCAGCUCUGGUAACCAUGUACUCCCAUGAAGAGGAUAUCGACGGCGCUAUCGACGUUUUCAAGCAAGCUAUAGAGUAUUACCAAGCUGAACAGCCCGGAUCUGCUGCACAUCUGGCUCUGGUGCGAGAAGCUGCAAACUUCAAACUGAAGCACGGACGUAAAAAAGAAGCCAUCAGUGACCUGGAGCAACUGUGGAAACAAAACACAAACGACGUUCACACACUGGCACAACUUAUCUCUGCUUAUUCUCUGGUGGACACGGAUAAAGCCAAAUCGCUGAGCAAGCACCUGCCGUCUGCAGACACCAUGUCCUUCAACGUGGACGUGGACGAACUGGAGAACUCUCACGGCGCCACUUAUGUCAGGAAAAAAGCCGGCAAAGUGGUCGGAGAAAACCUUCCAAAGGAAAUUGGCCAAGGCGAGGUCAAAAAGAAGAAGAAAAAGAAGAAAGGCAAACUUCCUAAGAAUUACGAUCCCAAAGCGACGCCAGACCCGGAGAGGUGGCUUCCAAUGAGGGAGCGCUCCUACUACAGAGGCAAGAAGAAGGGGAAGAAGAAGGAGGCGAUAGGAAAAGGCACACAGGGAGCGACGGCAGCAGCUUCAGCCGAGCUUGACGCCAGUAAAACCGCCACCAGCCCCCCGACGUCUCCCAGACCUGGGUCGGUGACCGGCUCGUCCACAGCGCCCAGCGGCAGCGGCGUGGUCCCUCCACGACAGCAGAAACCUUCAUCUGGAGCCACACGCAAAAAGGCACCACAGAAGAAGAAGAAGGGCGGCAAAGGAGGCUGGUAGUGAUGUUUAUGAACAACAGAGAUACGUCUGGAGGUUUUCAUUUCAAGUUAUUUAGUUUUUUCCCCCCUCUCUUCUGGUAAUUUAUCCAGAUGUGCAACCAAAACGUGCUCUUUGCUCUCUUGCAGCUGUAUCUUAUUUUGAUGAUAGAUGAUGAAAUUACAGUGAGUAAUUAAAGGACACUCAAUAAAAAUGCUUUUUAUUGUUUGGAAACAGUGUUUAUGCUUUUGUUUAGCUCAGAACAAGAAAACUACAAACAGCUGAACUGUAUAUUUGAAUCGACUGUGCAAUGAAUGGUAUUUUUCUAACCCUGUAAGAAAAACUAACUGUAUUUUACAGCUUCAGAAAAAGUCAGAAUGGACCUUAACUGUCACUUUGAUAACCUUGACAUUGUUUGCUGUUUAUUUUUUCUUUUUAAACUAUUACUAAGAGCCAUUUUAUGACCUGCGCUGUCUGGAAGCUCAAAGAAACAGAUUUAUUUCCACACAAUAAGCUGUGGUUUUUAUUUCACUGCUAUCCUUAGGGAUUUCACACACGCACACACACACUUACACCUUUGUUUCUUCAUAUAUCUCUUCAAUUUCAGUCUGCUGCAGGGAAGCAUGUUUUUUUUUUUUUUUUUUAAGUGUUGCAGUGGAUAAUAACUUAUGAUUCACUUGCAUGCUAAAAUACGACUAUUUUGGCCCAACAGGCGUCCAUUUUGUUAAGUCUUAAUAAAUCUCUGAACGACGA